GCCGCCCGCAUCGCCCGCGUGUGCCGGGAACCGGGACCUGGGAUCGGGAUGGGCGGCGCGGCCGGGCCGCUGCGGGUGCUGGUGGACAUGGACGGAGUCCUGGCCGACUUCGAGGGCGCGGUGCUGCGGGAAUUCCGCGCCCGCUUCCCGGCGGAGCCGCGCGUGGAGCUGGCGGAGCGCAGGGGCUUCUCGGUGCGGGAGCAGUACCGCAGCCUGCGGGAGGACCUGGAGGCCAAGGUAGCCAGUGUCUAUGAGUCGCCUGGCUUCUUCCUGAGGUUGGAUCCAAUUCCAGGAGCCCUUGAAGCUAUGAAGGAGAUGAUCCACAUGCAGGACACCCAGGUGUUCAUUUGCACGAGUCCUCUCCGGAAAUACGAGCACUGCAUCGUGGAAAAGUAUAAGUGGGUAGAGAAACAUUUGGGGCCCGAGUUUGUGGAGAGGAUUAUUCUGACCCGAGAUAAGACCGUCGUAGCUGCUGACCUGCUGUUUGACGACAAGGACACCAUCCAAGGUGCAGAACUGAACCCGAGCUGGGAGCACAUCCUGUUCACCUGCUGCCACAACAGGCACGUCCAGCUGCCGGCCCCGCGCCGGCGCCUGCUCUCCUGGGCGGACAAUUGGAAGGCCAUCCUGGAAAGCAAGCGCAGGCAGUAGUGCAGGAAGGGGAUGCUGUGCCCUUCCCAGUGCCAGGGAAACCCCUUCCCAGGAGCCGGUGAGCACCGUCACCUCGGGGUCAGUUAUAAUAACGAAUGAGCUGCCACUGUCAGACUUGGUACAGAGCUGACUCUCUCCACGUUUCUGGAAGAUUCCUCUGCACUCAGUUAACCUCUGUAGCAUUUUGGAUGUUUGCUGUUUGGAGAAGAGAAACUGUAAAACACAA